CUCUCUCUCCUCCACACUUACACUGGCUCAGUCGCACUUGACUCAGUUAAUACUACAACACAUCAAAGAAGAGAAAAAAAAAGACUUGAAAUUUCACCAUUUAUUUCUCACACUGUUUCUUUCUCUCUCCUUAAUUUUUUUGCUAUUGUCCUUUUUCUCUCUGUAUUUUAUCCAUUUUAUUUUUCUCUGGUCGGAAAAAUGGAAACCCAGGAUCACAGAAAGCCUAAUCAAUCAGGAGGACAUGAAGGACAUAGUGGUGGAGUUCAUGUUUGUCAUAAAUGUGGAUGGCCGUUUCCAAACCCUCAUCCUAGUGCUAGGCAUAGGAGGGCUCAUAAGAAGGUUUGUGGAAACGUUGAAGGGUAUAAGCUGGAUAAUGAUGCACAAGACAAGACCCAUUUGAUGGAUGAUUCCGAUGGCGAACAUGUUUCCGAUGAUGAACACAAAACCCUGAGUGGCAAAGUUGUGGAGAGGACUAUAAGCAGGAAGAGUAGCAGUGGAGUUGGCAGCAGAUCAAGUAGAUCAGCCAGAUCGGAAGAUGAAGUGUUUACUGAUGCAGUCACGGAUUUUACUGAUGGUCCGGGUCCUGGAGAGCCCUCGGAGGGUGGUAUGCAACGAUUCUAUUCGAUGCAAAAUGUAAAUGACAGUGAUUUUGAUGACAUUAAGCAUACUGCAGAAAAUGGAGGUGCUGAUAACUUAAGUACACCUAGUUUAACUCUCAAGGACAGUCAGACUCAUUUUGAGACUGUACAAAACUUGGAAGGUGAAAAUGACAGGGUAGAAGCUGGUAGUUUAUCCCAGGAUCACAUCUCCAGCUGCAUCACUGGUCCCACUCUGGUCUCUGCUUCAGUUACAGUAGAAAAUGAGGACGCGGAUGAAAGUAAAGAUUUUGUUCAGAGUAAGGAGAUACUGGAAAUUAGGACCUCAGAAAAUGAGAUAACUGGGAAAGCAUCAGAAGAUAUUUCAUAUCUGAGAGCCAAUGAAGAAAAUCUAGGUCCCGUCUCUACAGGUAAAAUAGCGAAGUUUACAGGGUUGGAAACUACUGGUUCUGAAAACAAUAUUGAAUUCUCUCAAAACUCCUGUUCCCUAGAGCAUCCCGUUGAAGCUGUUGAUCCUUUAAAUGGGAGCACAAGCAAGUCAAGUGAUUUGAUGGAGGAUUGUGACUCAAAGACUGGAGCUAAUGACGAUGUCCUCGUUUUAGCUGUUCCUGAUGCUUCAGCUUUACCUUUGCAUAAGAAUCCUGAGAUAGUAGUUGAAGAUUUAGACAACAACAGAGAGAUAAUUAACACACAUAAGGCCCCAGGCUCUGUUUCGGAAACUGAAGGUAUAGCUCAUACUGCAGAGAUCUGCUCCGGUGAUAGUAAGAAAUUUCGUGCUGAAGAUGACGUCCUUACGGAUGUUGACGCCAUAGAGAAUAAGCUUAAGCAGGAAGUUGGGACACAAUCUAUAGUUGAACAAAACAUUGGGGAGCCAGGUCAAAUACCUGAUGUUGAGGCUUCUGUUGGUGACAUCAGCAAAAUCAGGAGUGAAGUGGUUACAGACUUCAAGACUGAAAAUACGAAAGAUGCUAGCUGUGCUGAAGAGCAAAAACCCAUUGUAUCGUUGGAAAAUGUCUCUCCAGAAGGUGCUACUGCUAAUGCUGCUGAGAAUGUGGAUUUUAUCUGGAAUGGAGCCCAUAACAAAAGUAACAGUGUUCAAAGUAACACAGAGCAUCUAAUUCUACAAGAAACUGAUGAACGUGAAGAGUCAGGGAAAGAGUUGUCUGGAAGUUCUUUAUUGGCUGAGUGUGCUGUCAACAACAGUCAGGAUAGCAAUGUUACAGGUAUUGGUAGGAACACUGAAGUAAUACAAACUCAAUUGGAAGAAAUUAAGUCGAGGAGUGGAGGUGAAGAAAAUGAGGCUAUUAAUGCUGAAAUUGCACCUGGUUGUGGCUUGGGUGCCGCUGGGUCUCAUGACGUCAUUCAUGAGCCACUUGAGCCAGAGAGAAUCAGUAAUCAUGGUAAGUCUAUUAAUAUGGCGGAUCCUGGAGAGCUGAUGGUAGAUCAUUCACUACCAAUGAUGGAGAGCACCGGUGGUAGUCCAGGAAGGGAAGCACAGUGCAUAGGUGAAGAUGGUCCAGGUGGUAUCCUGAAAUUUGAUGAUGUUCCCGUUUCGACAUCUAAGAUCAUACCAAGUGAUUCCUUAGAAAUGGGUGAAGAUGCUCAAUGUUCUUUGCAAAGUUCUGCUGCCGUCGAUGACAGCUGCACAAAAAGACUUGCAGAGGAGGCUUCUGGUGUCGCUGAAGGUGGCAGGAUUAUUAAGCAACAUGUUGCUGUUUCAGCACUCGAUGUUAUCCCGGAUUCAAGUAGCCAAACUGACAGUCUGGAAGGCAAUUGGGGAUCUGUCUCAGAUGCAGUCAUGUCUGCCCUAUCAGACACACCACCUGCCGCUGGUACCCCUGCAUCAAACCAUUCCCAGGCAUCAGCUGCAGAAGAAAAUGCAAGCUUGGAGCCAAAACCAGUGAUGGAGGUUCAACAUUCUGUGAGUAAAACACCAGUUGAAUCACAUGCUGGAAUUAACAAAAUGGAAGGCAUAUCUGAAAUCCAGACAUUCGAGGAGCAGCAACAGAAAAACUCUACCUUGCAGACUUCUGCGUCUUCCUCAGUUGCUCAUGUAGGAAAGAAAAAUGAGGAGAUUAUUGCUAAGGUAACUAACUGGAGUACCGAAAAACACCAUAUUCCUUUAAAAACCCUUUUGGGAGAAGCCACUGCCAGAAGUAGAGAAGAAUCACCAAUUCAUCAUAGUCACAGCUCAACUUCUGUGCCUCCAAAAGAAGAAAUACCGGUAGCAAACAAUGGGCUUUCUAAGACAGAAAAUGUGAUUCUUAGCACUAACAACCCCCCGGAAGAGUCUUCCAAGGAGGACGCAGAAAAGGAAUGGAAUUCUCCUGCGAGAUACCCAGUGAACAUCAAGACGGAGAAGAGGAGGGCCAAGGGAAGAGGUUAUUGGGUGCCGUUUCUUUGCUGUUCAUCCGUUAAUGCUAGGUAGGGAUAUGGCCAUUGAAAGACAAGAAAGAACUAUGGAGACCUGGUUGAUUAGAUUUUCUUCCAUUUGUAGAAUGCUUGUUUAAGUUGCACAUGUUUAGGGGUUGUAAAAGAUGUGUCGAUAUGCGGGUAAUUAAGCCUAAGUACUCAUGAUGGUGUGUUAUUAUAUUAUUUAGUUCAGAUAAUUAUUGCGUAGAGAUGAUUUGCAGAACAGAGUGAAGAUAUACUCAUAUUGGGCUUAUGUUUCUAUGACCAAUACAUAUAGUAUUUCUUCCACUCCAUUUUAUACGUCUCAAUUUAAUUAAUACUUCUAUAAUUUAGUCACCUGUAAGUGGAGUUUGAAACAGAGGAAGUGUUCUAUAUAUCUAUUCUUCCAUAA